UUAUUAUGACAUUUCACGAUUCUGACAGAUUUUGACGACUUCAAAUGAGAUAUUUAAAGAGAAAUAAUUCAUAAUUUUUUGAUAAAGAUGAAUAAAUCUAUCUUAUUAACAAGUUUAAAGCCCCACAAAUUCAUUGCCGUGUCCUUUCAAGUCAGAGGACUAAGCACGGAAAAUGACUAUACAAAUCUAGCAGCAUACAAAAGGGGAACAGGAGGACGGUCAAGUUUCAAUGGGGUUGUUGCUACUGUAUUCGGAAGCACUGGAUUUGUUGGUCGAUAUGUCUGUAAUAAACUUGGAAAAAUUGGUACACAGCUUAUAUUACCAUAUAGGGGAGACAAUUAUGAUCCAAUGAGACUCAAACUGUGCGGUGAUUUGGGUCAGGUAUUCUUCCAACACUACAAUUUAAAAGAUGAAGAAUCAAUACGUAAAGCUAUCAAGUAUUCGAAUGUGGUGAUAAAUUUGGUUGGCCGUGAGUGGGAAACUAGGAAUUAUAAAUUUAAUGAUGUGCAUGUAGAUGGAGCAAGGAGACUGGCUAGACUUGCUAGAGAAGCUGGUGUAGAAAGGUUUAUUCAUGUGUCUGCUCUGAAUGCCACAGAACAUCCUAAGAGUGUUGUUUUAAAGGGUGGUUCACGUUUCUUAUCCAGCAAAUAUUUAGGAGAAAAAGCUGUUUUAGAGGAAUUCCCUAACGCUACUAUAUUCAGACCUUCUGAUAUUUAUGGGUCAGAGGACCGUUUUGUUAGGUACUAUGCUCAUCACUUCAGAAGAAACUUCCACGCUAUACCCUUAUGGUUCAAGGGGGAGAAAACUAUAAAACAGCCCGUUUUUGUAAGCGAUGUUGCUGCUGGAAUUGUGGCAGCUGUGAAAGAUCCUGAUACUGCUGGAAAAAUCUAUCAAGCAGUUGGGCCUAAGAAGUAUUUACUGUCAGAAAUUGUGGAUUAUUUCUACCGGGUGAUGCGAAGAGACCAGGAUCCGGGCUACCUUCGCUACGACAUGAGAUGGGAUCCCCUGUUCCAGUUGCGAGUGACCCUCUGCGGCAGGUUCUCCGUGGGCUGGCCCAUCGCCAACCUACAUUGGGAGAAGAUCGAACGAGAACACGUAUCGGACAGUGUCGAAUCUGAUAUCCCCACGUUGGAAGACCUGGGCGUGGCUUUGACUGAACUGGAGAACCAGAUUCCGUGGGAACUGAAACCCUACACGGCGGCAUUGUAUCACGGAUUCGACAGCGAGGAGCCGUUCCCUACGCCUGCGCCGCCCAAGGUCUUGUUAUAAAAAGUUGUACAUUUUUAUUUAUAAAAUAAUAUUAUUACUGUAAUAAAAUAUACUUCAAAAUU